AUGGGCAUGGCUUUCUCCAAACGCUUCAAGACAUUGGUGGUCGAAUAUAUCGAUCUGCCCAGCAUGCCUACGGUGGUUGCGCUCCUUAUUUGUGGUACGUGCUUUGUUCCCUACGGCAAGCAGAAUGCUGGCUGGGUCUUUUGUGGCAUGGCAUAUCGGAUGAUGAUGGAUCUGGGCUACCAUUUGAACAUCCCCAAAACGCCCGAGGAAAGGGCCAAGUUUGGACUCUCGGUCAAAACAGAUAUAGAGAUCAGACGGCGCGUCUAA